GCGGGCGGCGGCGGCGGUGGGUCCGGUGGGCGCGCGCCAGGCCGGCAGCCAUGGCGGCGGCGGCGGAACGGAGCCGCCUCAGCUUCCCGGGAGGUACCGGGGCCCUGGGUCGGCCCGUGCCUAUGAACCUCUUCGCGACCUGGGAAAUCGACGGCUCCAGCCCGAGCUGCGUCCCCAGGUUGUGCAGCUUGACAUUAAAGAAACUGAUAGUCUUAAAGGAAUUGGAUAAGGAGCUUAUUUCUGGGGUCAUUGCUGUCAAAAUGCAGGGCUCCAAGCGCAUCCUGCGGUCUCACGAGAUUGUGUUGCCCCCGAGUGGACGCGUGGAGACAGAGCUGGCACUGACCUUCUCCCUCCAGUACCCUCACUUCUUGAAGAGAGAAGGCAACAAACUUCAGAUCAUGCUGCAACGGCGGAAGCGCUACAAGAACCGAACCAUUUUAGGCUACAAGACUCUGGCAGUGGGGUCAAUCAACAUGGCUGAGGUCAUGCAGCACCCAACAGAAGGUGGCCAGGUCCUGAGCCUUUUCAGCAACAUCAAAGAGGCUGCAGUGAAGGUAGCAGAAAUCUGGAUCUUCUCCUUGUCAAGUCAGCCAAUUGACCAUGAAGACAGCACUAUGCAGGCCAGCCAGAAAAUCAAGUCUACAGACAACUAUUCCGAGGAAGAGUACGAGAGCUUCUCUUCUGAGCAAGAGGCCAGUGAUGAUGCUGUACAGGGCCAGGAUUUGGAUGAUGAUGAGUACGAGCUGGGGAAGCCCAAGAAGCAGCGGAGAUCGAUAGUAAGAACGACGUCCAUAACCAGGCAACAAAACUUCAAACAGAAGGUUGUGGCAUUGCUGAAGAGGUUUAAAGUGUCUGAUGAGGUUCUGGAUUCAGAGCAGGACCCAGCAGAGCAUGUUCCAGAGGUGGAGGAGGACUUGGACCUUCUGUAUGACACACUGGAUAUAGAGAACCCCAGUGACAGUGGGCCAGAAAUGGAAGAUGAUGACAGUGUCUUGAGCACUCCCAAGCCAAAGUUAAAACCUUAUUUUGAAGGACUGUCACAUUCCAGCUCCCAGACAGAAAUUGGUAGCAUCCACAGCCUCAGGAGCCAGAGAGAGCCCUCAAGUCCUGUAGAGGUGCCUGAAAAGGCCAAGAGUCUUGGAAGCAAACAUACAGGAGACAGUAUUUCUGACACUGUUUCUUAUGAAUCUAACCAGCAAGCUGAAGCCCAGGAAGCUGAACUUCCCCCAGCAGAUGUGUUUGUGGAGAAGCUGCCACCCAGUGGGAAGAUCACAAAGACUGAAUCACUCAUCAUCCCCUCCACCAGCAGGUCUGAAGGGAAGCAGACAGGACGUCGGGGGAGAAGCACAUCUCUGAAGGAGAGGCAGCCAGUGAGGCCCCAGAAUGAGAGAGCCAACAGCCUGGACAACGAACGCUCCCCAGACACCCGGCACCACUUACAGAUCCCCAGGAAAACAGUGUAUGACCAGCUAAACCACAUCCUGGUUUCUGAUGACCAGCUGCCAGAAAACAUUAUUCUUGUCAAUACUUCUGAUUGGCAAGGCCAGUACCUGUCAGAUGUCUUGCAAAAGCACACCUUGCCAGUGGUCUGCACAUGCUCCUCAGCUGAUAUUCAGGCAGCUUUCAGCACUAUUGUCUCCAGGAUACAGAGAUACUGUAACUGCAAUUCCCAGCCUCCAAACCCAAUUAAAAUUGCAGUGGCUGGAGCCCAGAAUUACCUCAGUGCUGUGUUGAGGCUCUUUGUAGAGCAGCUGUCUCACAAAACCCCAGACUGGCUCGGCUACAUGAGGUUUUUGAUCAUCCCUCUAGGCUCACAUCCAGUGGCCAAGUAUCUGGGGUCUGUAGAUUAUAGAUACAACAACUUCUUCCAAGAUCUAGCCUGGAGAGAUCUGUUCAACAAACUGGAAGCCCAGACCACUGUUCCAGAAGGCCCUGAUGUUGUCUCCAGGAUAACACAGUACAUAGCAGGGGCAAACUGUGCCCACCAGUUGCCCAUUGCUGAAGCGAUGCUGACGUACAAGCAGAAAAGCCCUGAUGAAGAAUCUUCCCAGAAGUUCAUUCCCUUUGUUGGGGUGGUGAAGGUUGGAAUAGUGGAACAGUCUUCUGCAACAUCAGGUGACUCUGAUGAUGCAGCUCCCUCCAGCUCCACUAUCCUUUCUUCUACCCCACCUUCUGUGUCUCCUGCUGUGAAAGAAGCCUCCCCCACACCACCUUCCUCACCAUCUGUUACAGGCAGCUUCUCAUCCCCGAGCCAGAGCCUUGGUGCUGAGUUGAUGGGCCUGCAGGUGGAUUACUGGAUUGCAGCACCCCCCAUAGACAGAAAGAGAGACCCAGAGAAGAAGGAUCCCUCCACUACCAAAAACACACUGAAAUGCACUUUCCGGUCCCUCCAGGUCAGCAGGUUACCUGCCAGUGGUGAGAUUGCCACCACCCCAACCAUGUCCAUGACUGUGGUGACAAAAGAGAAGAACAAGAAAGUGAUGUUUUUACCCAAGAAAACAAGAGACAAGGAGAUUGAGUCCAAGAGCCAAUGCAUUGAAGGAAUCAGCAGGUUGAUUUGCACAGCAAAGCAUCAGCAGAACAUGCUGAGGGUCCUGAUCGACGGGGUGGAGUGGAACGAUGUCAAGUUCUUUCAGUUGGCAGCACAGUGGUCCUCUCAUGUGAAGCACUUUCCCAUCUGUAUAUUUGGGCACUCCAAAUCUAACUUUUAGCCACACUCUCUGGAGAGACCUUCUGUCCAUCCUGAGGACUGCACACCAGGAGCCAGGAACCGCGUGCCAAGGCUGACUCGCGUCGCUCUGCCCUCUCCUGCAGAAUUAACUACAGAUGUGCUUGGAUUACUUUUGAAUUACUUUUUUCUAUUAACUCUUUAAGUUUACUACAAGGGAAGGAAACCCCUUUAAACAAAGGCAAAAAAAAAAAAAAAACAAACCAACAAAACAAACACAACCAACCAACAAAAGAGUCUUAAAUGUAGAUGUGCUGACAACAUGAAGUCAUGGGGGAGAUGGCAGGAGCAGGCAACCUGCCCAAGAAUUCCUACCACUUCUGAUGAGCAGAAAGCUGAAUAACUGCACUGCUUAUUAACCUGAGACCUCAUCGGUGUGAGUGGGCUGGGGGAGCCAUGGAUCAGCUCCAAUGGAUUUUAUGGAAGGUGAUGCACGUUGUGGUGCAUUUGGACCCCACCCUCUGUAUUUCUAGGAAAAAAAAAAAAAAAAGAUGGCCAGUCUUCCUUCCUGCUGCCAAAGGAUCAGUUGUGUCUGGAGGGAGUUCAGCUGUCCAGUUUGAAAAACAAACCACUCGUGUAGCUAGAGAUGUCCAGAGGGAAAGAUCCCCCUCCCUUCAGAGCACGGAGUCUGCAAUGGGGACGGGCAUUUGUUGAAUUAGUGUUGCUGAAGCAAUGCCCAAGAAGGGUUGGGCAGGAAUUUGGGAAACACCAGGUGUAAGGAAACCCCAGUGUCCCAGGUCUGUGACAAUGGCCAAGCCAAGGCAGUCACAAUGUCCCUGUGCUGCUGAGGGACACGGUGUCAGUGGGGUCGCUGCUAUUUACAUACUCACACCAAUUAUUUACCUGUCAAUAAAACCUCAUCCAGCCUCUAAA